UUUAUAUAUAUAUAUUUACAUUUUGGCUCCUGUGGAUGGGAAACCCUGUUAGGAAGUUCUUAACUUGCCCAUUCGUAGAAGAACACUAAAGGGUUUCAAGAUCUAAACUUUUGUUUUUCAAUUGAAUCCAAAGAUUGGUUUUCAGCUUUGGUAAAUGGGUUUUUGUUUUUGGGUUUGUUUUGGGUAUAGCUUGCUUUUUGUAAGUUUACAAGCUGUUGCUGCAGCUGAAGGGGAUGCAAUUGUUGAGGGUACUGUUUAUAUUGAUGGGAAAGCUCCCAUUGGUAUCAUAGAUGAUGAUUUCGUUUGUGCUACUUUGGAUUGGUGGCCUCCUGAGAAAUGUGAUUAUGGAACAUGCAGUUGGGGUCUUGCUGGACUCCUCAAUCUAGAUCUUAACAAUAAUAUAUUCUUAAAUGCCGUGAAAGCUUUUUCACCAUUGAAGAUUAGAUUGGGAGGCUCAUUGCAAGAUAAGGUCAUAUAUGGUACAGAUGACAAUCAGGAACCCUGUACUUCAUUCGUUAAAGACCCUUCUGAGAUGUUUGGUUUUACUAAAGGAUGUUUACCCAUGAAAAGAUGGGAUGAACUUAAUGCCUUCUUUGCAAAAGCAGGGGCUAAGAUUAUUGUUGGACUAAAUGCUCUUGCUGGAAAAUCUAUAAAGCCUGGUGGUUCAGCUGUAGGAGCUUGGAACUACACCAAUGCAGAAUCUUUUAUACGUUACACCGUUGAAAAGAACUAUAAAAUCCAUGGUUGGGAGCUAGGAAACGAAUUGUCCGGGAAUGGGGUUGGAACUAGGAUCGCAGUUAAUCAGUAUGCAGCUGAUACAGCAGCUCUACAAAGAAUAGUGCAAAAGAUAUACAAGGAUGUUGAUUUGAAACCCUUGAUCAUAGCACCCGGUGGGUUCUACGAGUCAAAAUGGUUCAAAGAAUUCAUCGAUAAAACAACCACAUCCUUAGAUGUGGUCACUCACCACAUAUACAAUCUUGGACCAGGAGUCGAUACCCACCUUAUUGAAAAGAUUCUUAACCCUUCUGUUCUUGAUGGCAUCUCUGGAACAUUCAGCGGCCUUCAUAACGUCAUCAAGAGUUCUGCAACUAAAGCAAUUGCCUGGGUGGGAGAGGCAGGAGGAGCUUACAAUAGCGGCCGUAAUCUUGUUACAAAUGCGUUUGUGUUCAGUUUCUGGUAUUUAGAUCAGCUCGGCAUGGCGUCAAAGUAUGAUACAAAAACAUACUGCAGACAAUCACUGAUUGGUGGAAAUUAUGGUUUACUAGACACCUCCACCUUUGUACCAAAUCCAGACUACUAUAGUGCUCUUCUUUGGCACCGAUUAAUGGGAAGAAAUGUCCUGUCUACAAGCUUUGAUGGGACCAAAAAGAUACGCUCUUACACUCACUGUGCAAAACAAUCAGAAGGCAUCAUGGUACUAUUUAUCAACCUUGACAAAAGCACUACUGUCCAAGCUAAACUUGCAUUCAAUAGUACAAUGACCUUGCGACACAAUCACGAGUCUCGGACUUUGCGCAUUCAGCGCAUGUCUUCUAAAAAAAUGAUUAUCGAGCUGCCUCAAAUGGUUGAUGCUGAAAUCAGAAGAGAGGAAUACCAUCUAAGAGCAAAAGAUGGAAACUUACAAAGCCGAACCAUGCUACUGAAUGGAAACAUUUUAAGUGUGGAUUCAUCUGGGAAUAUACCUCCUCUGGAGCCUUUAUAUGUAAACUCAGCAAAGCCAAUAACGGUCGAACCUUUAUCCAUUGUGUUCAUUCACCUGUCGGAUGUUAUUCUCCCUGCUUGCAAGGUAUAACUCUAAAGGGAACCAAAAGCGGUUCCUUAUUGCUAAUCAAAUAAGAACACAUUGCAAAUGUACCAUUUUUAUUCAUAGUGAAGAAAUUAUGGCAACAUACUUUUUCCAUAA